UUUGCCAACCGCCAAAAAAAAAUCGAAGAAGAAGAAGCCGUUGUAGAGGAUGAAGACGGAGGGCACGUGGUCUGUUUUGUUUACCGUGUGAAUGUUUAAACAUUUCUUCGGUCCAGCUUAAACAAGUUCAUGAACAAGUGGUUCAGUGCUGCGGAAGAAACAUUCACAGAGUUUAACGAAAUAACCGUCGAAUCGGAGGAAGAGAUGGACGAUCAGCGCAGACUGCUGGCUUUUUCCCGGACUCCCCAGAUCAUCUUACACCGAAUAGAUUGCCAACGACAUAACGUUUAUAAGAAGCUAUGUGACCUGAAGAGGAGCUCCACUCUGGACCAGGAGGAGUUAGAACCUCUGCAGGUGAAACAAGAACAGGAAGAGCAGGAGGAUCUAAAACAUCAGCAGAUAAAAGUGGAAGAGAAAGAAGUUUACUGCAGUCAGAGAGAAGAACAGGUUGCAUCAAAACAGGAGACUGAUACCUUCAUGGGGGCUACUGUUUAUGAGCAAACACAAGACUCUGAAUCAGAACCAAACGGGAACCAAGUCAACUUUCAGGAAGCUCCUGCAGCUGAGAAGAAAAAUCAGGAAAGAACCAAACCUUUCUCAUGUGUCAUCUGUGAAAAACAUUUCACUGCCAAAUAUGCCCUCAAUGAUCAUAUUAUAAUUCACACCGGUGAAAAGGCGUUUCCAUCUGUGAACUGUGGAAAAAGUUUUAGUCAAAAGCAUCAUUUAACUCGGCACAUGAUGAUUCACACUGGUGAAAAGCCGUUUCCAUGUGGGAACUGUGGAAAAAGUUUUAGUCAAAAGCAUCAUUUAACUCGGCACAUGAUGAUUCACACUGGUGAAAAGCCAUUUUCAUGUGUGAACUGUGGACAAAGUUUUAGUCAAAAGCAUCAUUUAACUCAGCACAUGAUGAUUCACACUGGUGAAAAGCCGUUUCCAUGUGGGGUCUGUGGAAAAAGUUUUAGUCAUAAACAGAAUAUAACUCAGCACAUGAUGAUUCACACUGGUGAAAAGCCGUUUUCAUGUGGGGACUGUGGAAAAAGUUUUAGUCAUAAACCGGAUUUAACUCAGCACAUGAUGAUUCACACUGGUGAAAAGCCGUUUCCAUGUGGGGUCUGUGGAAAAAGUUUUAGUCAUAAACAGAAUUUAACUCAGCACAGGAUGAUUCACACUGGUGAAAAGCCGUUUUCAUGUGGGAACUGUGGACAAAGUUUUAGUCGAAAGCUGAAUUUAACUCAGCACAUGAUGAUUCACACUGGUGAAAAGCCGUUUUCAUGUGGGAACUGUGGAAAAAGUUUUAGUCGAAAACAGAAUUUAACUCAGCACAUGAUGAUUCACACUGGUGAAAAGCCGUUUUCAUGUGGGAACUGUGGAAAAAGUUUUAGUCGAAAACAGAAUUUAACUCAGCACAUGAUGAUUCACACUGGUGAAAAGCCGUUUUCAUGUGUGAACUGUGGACAAAGUUUUAGUCGAAAGCUGAAUUUAACUCAGCACAUGAUGAUUCACACUGGUGAAAAGCAGUAGAACUAUUUUUCAUAUUUGUCCCAUGUUGAGGUUCAUUAUAAAAGUCAUUUAGAUGAAAACUGGAGGGCUUUCUUGUUUAUAAAGUGGGAAAAUGGUUUAUCUUUCUAAUUUGUUAAAUGUGAUAAUUUGGAUCUUGACAUUUGGAUACUUAGAGAUGUGCAAUAUGAAUUUGAAGUAUUGAUUUGUAUUAUUCUGUAUGGAAAGAAUGAGUGGGGUGAAUUACGUUUACUUUAAUCCAUUUUUAAUCCAAAAUAAAAUGUGCUGUUGUGCACUCUUUGUA